GAAGUUUCAAGUUGAAAUUCACAAAAGCACAUCGCACGUGUUUUGAUUCGUUUGCCGAGGAAAAAAUCUAAUAUUUUGCUUAAAUAAACACCAAUUUAACUAAAAAAAUGGGUAAAUUUCGUUCAAAACUAAAGCGUCAUACCAAAGGGAAGACAUGGGCCAAAGGACAAUCAGCAACAACAAAUCCCGAACAAAUGAAACACCGCCUUAAGGCGAAGUCUCGAUUUUUUCAACCGAAUUUAAGUUUAGCUCCUCCAGAACCAGAGCCAGGCAAGACAACACUUACUUUGGAAGCAGUGCUGAAACACGAACAGCGUCAGUUGUAUGCCAACUCGAACAAGGAACCCACAGUCAACGAUGUAGCUGGCAGUUUGCGAUCGUUUAGUCUGAACGAUGAUGAUGGCGACGAAGACAUGUCUGAGUCUCAACCGGGCUCGUUCAAGACAUUCAAAACCUUCGCCUCAAACUACAGCACUUGCACGAAUAUGAGUUUUAAGAAACUUCUAUCAGGUUUUAGGGCUUCGUCAGAGUUGCACAAGGAAAUGUUAGCUAUUUUGACUGCCCUGACAGAGAUUAUCAAAGAACGUGGCGGUACUGGCACUUCAACGGAGUAUUUUAUUCUACUCAUGGAAACAAUUGAAGCCAGCGAACAAGAAUCAGAUAUCAUUGCCGGCAUUUCAUUGCUAGGAAUGGGCAUCAAGUCGGUUCCAGUUCCCGUCUUGAGAAAGAGAUUCUCAGAGACCGCUCUGACUCUACUGUCGAAUCUUCAAAAGUUUUUGGACUCGAGUAACCAAUCUAUAUCAAAAUAUAUUAUAGGUUGCCUCUCAGUUCUUCUGCGUGCACAGGACUACAUGACCUGGACAUACUCUUCAACAUGGCAAUACAUCGAUGCCAUUCUCUCUUUCACUGUCCACUCUAAGCCAAAGCUACGUAAGGCCGCUCAGCAUGCAAUCACGUCUAUUAUCCGUGGAAGUUACUUCAUGCUUCCACCUAAACAAAACCCAGAUGAACCCGAGGAUAAGGCACCAGAGUCUUUGAAUCGCGUCAAAUUCCAUCCAGCCGGUAGUCGAGUUGUUCGAUUCUGUCUGAAUCAGUUUAAGCCUGAAGUUCUCAUAAACUCACAAACUACCGUCCUACAUGCUCUGACAUUGCUAAAAGACACCAUAGCAGGCUUCAAAACCGACGACAUUCGCUCGAUAUGCGAGAACCUUCUAUCAAUUAUGACCGCCGCUAAUGUCUUGGUUCGAACUAAUUGCCUGCAAGUUUUCCACACUCUGUUCCUCUCCAGAACUGACAAUCUCAAUGGAGAUCUUUGUGCCAAACUCCUAGCUGCAAUUUACGAAUAUCGUCCAGAUCGUUCUGAUGUUCGUCAAACCCUGGCUUGGCUGACUGUCCUCAAGGAGGGACACAUCCAUUUGGCUAACCUUGAAUUGCUUACGUGUGUUUAUUCGCUUCCACGACUGGUAGACAUAUGCACAACUGAUCUAUGGAUGUCUGAUAGAUCUGAAAUAGUCACUGGAGUUUCGAAUAUAAUCAAAGAAAUUCUACAAGAAUGUGUUAAGCCUGCCUGCGCCAAUGAAGAAACAGCCGAACAAUUCCGAACUCCACUAACUAGAAUUAUUAAUUUGAUAAGCAAAGUUCUUUCGGCACCGUUUGGUGAUGUUGCCAAGUAUGUGAUUCUCACGUUCUCUAUUGUCUUUGAUAUUUGUGGAGAGUUCUUCAGCAAAGAACUUAUGGUUCCAUUGGCAACUCUAGCCAACCGUUACGAUACUCAAAGCUCAUUGCGCAUUCACAUCGAGCAUUCCAUUAUUUCGGCCAUCAAGUCUAUGGGUCCUGAGGUUGUGCUCAAGACUGUUCCUCUCACCAAUGCUAAGGGAGAAGUUUUACUCGAAAAGUCAUGGCUUCUGCCACUACUACGCGAAGGAGCAACUGGAGCUACCUUUAAGUUCUUCAAAGAUGUCAUAUUGCCAUUGGCUUUGGAUUGCAACAAUAAAUGGAAUCAAUAUACUCAGGAGAAAAAUGUUUCCCUAUCGCAUACUUAUGAGCUUUUGUGUUGUCAACUUUGGGGUCUGCUUCCAGGAUUCUGUCGUAGUCCAAAGGAUCCGGAAAAUUUCCGUUUAAUUGCUCCAACUCUGGGAAAUGCUCUCGACAAUAAUCCCGAAUUUCGGGCCCCAAUAUUUGAUGGUUUGAGUGAAUUGAUUUCAUGUGAGGAUCCCACAAUUCGAGGGUUUUUGGGAAAAUAUUCGAAAAAUUUCCUUCCACGUUUGUUCAAUGUUUAUACACAAAAAGCAAAUGGUACUUAUGAAGCCGACUUGCGUAAGAAAGCUUUAGAGGUUAUAAAGGCUUAUGUGGCAAUCACUCCCGAAGAAGUUUCGAAAGAACUUUUUGAAAAUGCCAAAAAUCAAAUGACUUCAACAACAACUGGAACAUUUGAAAAUGAUUCAAUUUUCGAUAUUAACUGUGCCCUGGUGCUGUAUCAAUCAGAGGAUGUCAUCAAGACAUUCUUCGAUACAUUUAUAAUUCCAGUUUUGAAGAAGGAAAAAUCAAAAAUUGUUGCCAAGGAUGAACAAAAAUUGAAGAAGCAACAAAGAAAAACUUAUGAACUUCUUCGUGAUAUUCUUACCUCGGAUACAAAACAAUGUAAAAAGUUUAGCAAAAAGAAUGUCGUUGCAUUGCAAACACUUCUACUAGAAGCCUUUGCAACAAGCUGCUCGGUGUGUCAAGCUGCACGUUUGAAAUGUCUUAAAAUCCUCAUCGAGAAUCGCAAGACCCUUACAGUCAAUGAUAAGAUUGUUAUUAAGACCAUUCCCGAAGCAAUUGUCAGCUAUAGGGAAUUCUCCACCCGCAAAGAAAACAUCUCAGAAGAAAUUAUCAAAUUGGUGGGAAAUCUUUACCAGGAAGCCGAUAAACUCAAUGAUUUCAUUGAUAUUCUGAUGGCUGGAUUUGCUGGCGAUGAAACUAUUGUGACCAAUUCCAUAUUAGCAUUCCGUUCGGUGGUGCAGAAUCUUGGAAAACAUUUGACCAUAAAUACAUUGGAAUUCAUAUUGGAUCAAGUGCUUGUAUUUUUGGUGCAAAAAAGUCGAGCACAAGCUGAGGCUUCAGUUGCUUUCCUCAUCACAUUGAUAAAGGUUAUGCCAUCGCCAUUGAUUGCGAAUCAUUUGGAAAAUAUUAUGAAAUCUCUUUCUGCAAUGGUUAGCGACACAAAGAGAUAUUGCCGAAUUCAAAUUGGAUACUUACUUAAAAAGCUCUGCAAAAGGUUUACAGCUGACGAACUAAUCAAAUGCGUUCCUGGAGACGAUGAACUUACUCAUCGAAGGUUGAAGAAAAUCCGAAAACAAAUGCGACGUGAACUUCGACAAAAACACGAAGAAGAUACCAAGGGAGACGAUGAUGAGGAUUCUGAAGAUGAAUUUAUUCCAGGACUUGAAAAGAAGAGUGUCACAAUUGAUGACAUCCUUGAAGAUUCUGAUUCGGAUCUACCAGAAGAAAUGAAUAGUGAUGAUGAGAUGGAUAAUGGUAAAACGAAAAAGAAAUCAAAGAAACACCAAGAAACCUAUAUUCGUGAAGAUCCUGAGGAUAUUGUCGAUUUGGCUGAUAUCAAAUCAAUUGGAAAUGUUUUAACAAACAAACCAAGCACCUCUUCGGCAGCAGGAGGAACAGCAGCAGCUUCGACAUCGAACAAGAAAAAGCAAACAGAAAAGAAUCGAGGCUUUAAAACAGCUGAUGAUGGAAGACUGAUUAUAAGUGAUAAGUUUAUUGACAGUGACUCAGGUGACGAUAGCAGCGAUAGCGACGAUGACGAUGAAAAUGCCGAGUCUCAAAAGAAAACCACAAAACGAGGAAUGGAAGACGAUAGUAGUGAUGAAGAAGAAACUGCAGCAGCUGGUCCAAGUCGAAAGCGUAAGGCUGUCGAUUCAAUGAGUAUGAAAUCUGGACGAACAGGAACCUCACGUUAUACAGCCGGUGGCAAAGGUAUCCACAGGCCGGUAGCAGCAUCAGUUAAGUCCGGACAUACAGGCUAUUCAGUUCAGACAACAGCAUCAAUGUACUCCACGAAGAAAGCUCAAGGUGAUAUGAAGAAGAAAGGCAAAUUGGAUCCUUAUGCAUAUAUUCCACUCAGUAGGAACGUUUUAAAUAAAAGAAAACGAGCCAAACAUGCUGGAACCUUUAAUCGAAUUGUUAAAGGUGCUCGAAAGGGAGCAUCGAAAGGUGUCAAAAGCAGAAUACAAAAGAAAUAUAAGAAAUAAACACAUGAAUAACUUGUAACAAAAAAAAAUAAACAUUAUUAAAAAGAAAAUGUUAAAAUAAUUAUUGUAUUUUUUCGAAACAUUAAAUGGAUUUUAUUUAUUUAUAAAAUAAAUAUAUAUUGUUUGCAUACAAAAAUA